UCCUGGGCCCUGAGAGCCUGCCUUGGGUAUAGGUUUCCCCACUUGCUCUGGAGUGGGACUGUAUUGAAGACCAUGCUGGACAUCCUGCAGACUCUAUCCCUGUCGCUGAGUGCUGACAUUCAUAAGGACCAGCCUUACUACAGCAUCCCUGACGUGCCCUAUCAGAUCACAGUUCCUGACACAUACAAAGCCCGAGAGGAAUAUCUGAACAAACAUCAAAACUAGGUGUCAGGACUGUCCCAGCACACAGGGCUGGCCAUGGCUACUGAGAGCAUCCUUCAAUUUGCCGGAUACAACAAGCAGAACACAACUCUCGGGGCAAAUCAGCUAACCGAGCACCUGGCUUUUGUGACAAAAGAUUACUCCAACUUCAUGGCUUCCCUGAUUUGCACAACCCCUAUGCAGGAGUAUGGAAUGAUUUGGUUCUCAGGUGCUACAGGCCAGAUGUCUGACCUGAACAAAAUGAUGGUGCAGGAUCUGAGUACAGCUUUGGACCACAAUAAUUCUCAGCACUAUACACAGGCCACGUUCAAGCUGACUGCAAUGCUCAUUAGCAGCAAAGGAUGCCAUCCUGUUCUACAUCCCCCAGAUCAUGCAGGCCCUCAGGUAUGA